CCCACGACGUACGCCAGUUUGAGCAUAACGUGGAUCACGUCAGUUUUGUUACAAUGGCAGAGCGCGAACAGAUGUUACGUGAACUAUUAGAAAAAAUAGCAGAGCAGCACAACUACAAGGAUGCCAGAUUCAAGAUAGAAGCUACUUCCAGUGAGGGAGCCAACUAUUCCUCAGUACUUUACAAAUUGACUAUAACUUCACCAAACAAAAAACCAUUAUGUUUAUUUGCCAAAGUUUUGAAUUUUGAUGAGAACACCCGAGCUGCCUUCGCUGAUGCGGCAAUUUUUGAUAUAGAAUAUUUUGUUUAUGUUGAUUUGGCUACUAUAUUUAAAAAUUUGGAAGAUAAAUGCGCAGUUCCAGAUGAAGAAAGAUAUAAGUUUCCGAAAUUCUACUACUUUCACCCAAAAGUGUACGAAGAAACUAUUAUUCUAGAAGAUUUGGCGGUACAGGGUUACGAAUUGUAUGACAGGUUAAAGUCUGUUGAUUGGCCUUAUGCUUCCAAGGCUAUAGAAGCUCUCGCGAAAUUCCACGCACUAGCUAUGGCAUAUGAACAAGAAAAACCAGAAGAAUAUAAGAAAAUUUUAACAGAAUAUGAUAAAAAAAUAGAACCUGCUUUUGACUUAAUGAGUGCGAGUUUUGAGAAAUUUGUAGAAACAGCUUUAUCAGCGACGAAAGAGGAAAAUAAGGAAAAACUUAAAAAGUUUUGUGAUAAACAAAUAUCUAUUGGAAAUGUGUUUAGAAGGUACAUUAAGGCCAAACGUAAACCCGUUCUUAUUCAUGGUGAUUUUAGGCAGAGCAAUAUAAUGCACAAAUAUAAUGAGAAUGGCACACUCGACCUUAUCCCGCUCGACUACCAGACGAUCCAAACCGGCAGCUGCGUGAUCGAUCUACUUUACUUCAUAUUUAGCGGUUCCAAUGCGGAAUUCCGUGCUCGCUACUACCAGCGCCUGGUGGACCACUACUAUGACAAUCUAAAGAAUUCCUUGAUUCGAUUGAGACUGGAUCCAGAAAAGAUUUACCCCAGGAAGGACUUUGAUUACGAACUACGUGAGGCUCUACCUUACGGUCUCAUCGUCUCCAUUUUCGUACUCCCGGUGGUCACAGUGGCACCAGAAAAUGCCCCUGACUUGAACAGUGCGGACAUGUUUGAGAGAUUGGCCAAGCCGAAGGUCAGCAACCAGUACAUUGACAGAAUAAACGGUGUCAUAGAUGAUUUUGUAAAAUGGGGGAUCCUGUGAUCUAUAUGAUACUAAUAGACAACUGAUGAUGGUACUUCUGCUUAUUUCUCGGAUGAACAACUUUCAAGAAAACCUGAUCCAACUUAUAAGUAACUGUGGUCGUUAUUUGGUACUAUUCUUGUCUUGUCUGACAUUUAACCUGAUUGAAAGCAGUUUUUGAAAUCAAUUAUAAUUAUCAAUAAAACUGUGUGGUUUUGCAUAUAGGUGCUUUACAAGUUUUAUUUGAUACAAAAGAUUUAUUUACAUUUUAAUUAUAAUUAUUAAUAUUUCAA